AUGCCUCUUCUUGAGCAAGACGGGAAGCUCGUCUACACCUACGACGCUGAGAGAGUCUGGGUUGAGCCAUGGGGCCCCGAUGCAUUCCGAGUCCGGGCUACCAAGGCCCGUGAGAUGCCCUCCGAGGAUUGGGCUUUGUUGGCACCCAAGAAGGCCGAUGCCAAGAUCUCCAUCGGUGACAAAGAGGGCACCAUCACCAAUGGCAAGAUCAAGGCCUCCAUCACCAGCGGUGGAAAGCUAUUGAUGUGGAACUCCAAGGGAGAGCUCCUCCUUGAGGAGUAUUCGCGCCACCGCCGAGAUGUCCUUGACCCAAAAUGCAGUGCAUUGGACGUCGAAGCUCGCGAGUUCAUGGCCAUCGUCAACAGUAACGACUAUCAUCUCACUGCCAGGUUCGAGAGCGUCGACCCCGAGGAAAAGUUCUAUGGAAUGGGCCAGUAUCAGCAACCAUUCUUGGAUCUUAAAGGCCACGAUCUGGAACUUGCUCACCGCAACUCUCAAGCCAGCGUCCCUUUUGCUGUGUCAUCACUUGGGUACGGAUUCCUCUGGAACAACCCGUCUGUUGGAAGAGCUAUCCUUGGCCGCAACAUCAUGAGUUUCGAGGCCAAAUCCACGCGUGCCUUGGAUUACUGGAUUGUGGCUGGCGACUCUCCUGCUGAGAUUGUAGAGGCGUACGCAGACGCGACCGGCAAGGUGCCCAUGAUGCCUGAAUACGGCCUCGGAUUUUGGCAAUGCAAGCUGCGCUAUCAAACCCAAGAAGAACUUCUCGAAGUCGCUCGCGAGUAUCGCCGACGCGAGUUACCCAUCGACCUCAUCGUCAUCGACUACUUCCACUGGCCAAAGCAGGGAGAGUGGAAGUUCGACCCGACCUACUGGCCUGAUCCCGAAGCGAUGAUCAAGGAACUCCAGGAGCUGAAGAUUGAACUGAUGAUCUCGAUUUGGCCCACGGUCGAUCACAAGUCAGAAAACUGGGAUGAAAUGGUUGAGAAGGGAUACCUUAUCCAGUCCGAUAGGGGAAUCCGGAUUGCCAUGAACUUCCAGGGAGACACCACGCACUUUGACGCGACCAACCCCGGCGCAAGAGAAUACGUCUGGAAGAAGGCGAAGCAGAAUUACUAUGACAAGGGCAUCCGUGUCUUCUGGCUCGAUGAGGCCGAGCCAGAGUAUACCGUCUACGACUUUGACACCUAUCGCUACCAUGCAGGAUCGAAUGUUUCCGUGGGCAACAUUUACCCGGUCGAGUACGCCCGUGCAUUCUACGAAGGCAUGGAAGCUGAGGGCCAGAAGAACAUUGUCAACCUCAUUCGCUGCGCUUGGGCCGGAAGCCAGAAGUACGGCGCCCUUGUUUGGAGCGGUGACAUUGCAUCCUCCUGGAGCAGUCUGCGGAACCAGAUUGCCGCCGGCCUUCACAUGGGUCUCUCCGGUCUGCCCUGGUGGACCACAGAUAUCGGAGGCUUCCACGGAGGUGAUCCCCGAGACGAGAAGUUCCGGGAGCUCUUUGUUCGCUGGUUCCAAUGGGGCGCAUUUUGUCCCGUCUUCAGACUUCACGGCUGCCGCGAGCCAGAGCAGCCCCAGCAUGGGACCACCGGUGGUGCGGAGUGCCACAGCGGUGCGCCUAAUGAGGUGUGGUCUUACGGCCCCGAGGUCUAUGAGAUUUGCAAGAAGUACAUGUUCCUACGCGAGGAGCUGAGAGACUACACCCGAUCUCUGAUGCAGGAGGCGCACGAGAAGGGCUCGCCCGUCAUGCGCACACUCUUCUACGAGUUCCCUGACGACAAGGAGACUUGGAGCAUCGGACAGCAGUACAUGUUCGGAAGCAAGUAUCUGGUCUGCCCUGUCCUGCAUCCUGAUGAGAGAAGGAUCAAGGUCUACCUCCCUAAGACCAACAGCACGUGGGUUUCUCUCCAGGAAGGCAAAGAAGACAAGUAUGAAGGCGGCCAGUGGAUUCAGGUCGAAACACCUCUGGAAUGGAUGCCUGUCUUCAAGAGAGAGUGA